GAUGUUCGUACCGACAAGAUUCACGGCGGGGAGGAAAGCAUUCGACUGGCGGCCACUUGAACAAUUUGCCCGUAUUGGAGGGCUUGCAGAGCGGACAGGCCCUUGUGAUAAUACCGUUGACGGCGAGUAGCCUAACAUGGUAUUCACAGAUUGGGGCGUCAUCUUCUCGCUCAUCUUUGGCGGCUGUUGUAGCAAUGUCUGGUACCUGGAAGAAUGCACAGUGCUCCUCCCCCAGAGCGGCACUCUUCUCACUGUAACCAACUUCCUAUUUAUUGCCUUGCUCUUCCUGCCUUCACAGCUUUAUAUACCGGGCAAAGGAGUUGGCUCCAAAGCUGCAUCCAUUCCGUCCUUCAUCCCCAGGUUCAAAAGACCUUCGGUGCCGUUGACCAGAUGGGGGGUCCAGGUCGUCCUCUUCUUCUCGACCAACCUGCUCAACAAUGUGGCGUUCGCUUUCUCGGUACCCAUGGCGGUGCACAUUAUCUUUCGCAGCGGAGGCUUGGUUUUCAACAUGCUUUUGGGGUGGAUGUUCGCAAACAAGAAGUACAACGUCCUCCAAGUCAUCUCCGUCUUACUAGUCACUGGAGGUGUCAUCGUAUCAACGCUAGCAGCAAGCGGGAAGCAGACCUCAUCAGUAUCAGAACUAAAGACAUCAUCGUCAGACUAUACAAUCGGCAUUACCAUGCUCCUGGUUUCCCUAAUCGUGUCCGGCAUCAUGGGCUUAUGGCAAGAGGAGACCUUCAAGCGCUACGGCACGUCGCACUGGAAAGAAGCACUUUUCUACAGUCAUGCACUUAGCUUGCCGCUUUUUCUCGUUCGAUGGCCAGAGAUUGUGAAGGAAUUGCGCGCCGCUAACGCCACUUCACCUCUGCACCUCUCGACAUUAUUGCCGAAGCAAAUAGCAGACAUCGCUGCUUUCUUCCUUUCGGGAGGAGGCAAGAAACCACACGUAUCGCGCGAUCUUCUACGCAAGAACCCAUUUCCAGUCAUACCAAGCUUCUACGUCCCGCUCUCGCUCUAUUCAUUCACGCAGCUUCUCUGCAUCUCCGGCGUAAAUCGCCUGACAACACGUGUCUCCUCUGUUGGCGUGACACUCGUCCUGUCCAUCCGGAAAGCGAUCAGCUUGGCCAUCAGCACAUACAGCAAUAGCCGCAAUAAGUCGCAUCAACAGCAGGAGCAGCAGCUCGGUUUGCUUUGGAUCGGCGCUGCCGCGGUGCUGCUCGGAACCAUGGGAUAUACAUAUGGCUCGCAGAGGACGCCGAGAGCGAGAGCGGAUAUGAAGGACAAGGGAAACUUGCCUCCCCCGCCUGUUCCCCCCAAAGGCGAGAUCGCUCCAGAGGUCCUCUCUAAAGCAAUGGCGAACGCGUCGGGGACAAAAAUGCGAUUUAGAGCACGCGCACAAUAGAGACUUGAAAAUGAUACUUGCACUGCAU